UUAUAUUAUAUCUAUGGGAAACAUAAUCCAUUGUAAGUUAAGUGGAUGCAUUAUAUUCAUUGUGUAUUAUAAAUCAUAAUCUUAAAUGCUAUAACCUCAAAUAAGUCAAUAUUAUAACACAUUAAAACUGUUGUUAUGAUUACUCAUUAGAUGAUACAACAUAUUAUAAUGUUUUUUAUAAUACAUUAUGCAUUCAUUAUAAUGCCAUAAGAAUACUCUUAUAAUGUGUUUUAAAUACGGGCUUCAUAGAAAGUGUUACCGUUAAGUUUAAUCGAUAAUGUACUGCUUCACUGAUGUUAAAUAUACAAUAUAGCCUUAUACAAAUGAAAAAAAAAUAUAUUUUUUAAAGCAUCUUAUGCUUUUAUCUUGCAGUGAAAGGCGUCUGAGAAGAUUAAUAAAAUCAAGUGAGCCACAGAGAUGGCAUCGUCCAAGAGCACAGGGAGUACAUCCAGAGGCAGUGAGUGAACUUCUUGUCCUGAAACCAAAAUCAGUUGGGAAUACUGGAAUCAAGUCUACCCUACACAAGGCUUACACAGGUCCCCUUCCAGAUACUGAUGUCUUGGCUUCUGGUGCAAAACUAAGUCAGAUUAAUCCCAAGCCUUUGCUGGCACACAUACUUGAUGGCAUGUCAAAAGUAGAGUUGGUCCCCUCACAAUUCAGUCCUGUACCUCAUGGCAAUCCACUUUCAUACCAAUGUCUCCCUAUAGCUGCAGGUGUUCCUGAUGUUAAUUUUCCCCCACUACCUGUGCUUGGUUAUCAGUUUGGCUGUAAUUUUAAAUUUGUGCCCACACACCAUCAAGCACUUCAUCUGGAGUCUAUAAAGGUUACCCAUAGUUCAGCUUGCCAGAUUGAAGAGGCCAAAAGACUACAGUCAAAAUGCACUGCUCAGGUUCCAUUUAUGAAAAUUCAAAGAGGACUAGCCAAACUUAAAGUGACCCAUAAGUACUACUGGCAGGUACAACGUCAGCUUGCAGUUACUGGUCUACAUUGGUGUGACUUUGUGAGCGACACAAAAUCAGAUUUCACAAUAAAGAGGAUCUGGCGACAUGAUGCCUUCAUAGCAUCAAUGAAAGACAAGCUACACAUGUACUAUUAUAACCUUUUUUAUGGAUUUGUAUCUUUCAGUGGUAUGAAUGGGCAGAUUCUGUUCAUAUUAUAGUAUAAACUUAAGAUUUAUUUUUAUAUUAAUAAUAAGUAUAUAUUUUAUGUAGUUGAGUAGUAUGUAGCAUAUUUUGUAGUAGAUCUUUUGUAACAUAUUAGAUACAUCACAAAUUAUAACAUUAAAUAUAUAGUACUUGCUAUUAAUUAGAUGUAAAUAUGUACAUACCAAGGUGAAUACAUUGUUUUGUAUUAGAUCUUCUGUAAUGUAUAUGAUAUGCAUACACAUAGUUGUAUAUUUUUUCAUUUGAUACAUUGUGUGAAAUAACAAUGAACACCAGAAUUGACUUUUUUUUUUUUUUUCA